CCUUUUCUUCUGACAUAAAUUCUAACGCGCAAAGUACACUUCCUUCGAAAGAUCAAAAUGAAAAAGAUGUAAUACAUCUCAAAUCUGUUAAACUACCGAUAAAGAAAGAGGCGACGGAAACCGUUUUGCAGAGCAAAAAACUCAAAUUUGGAGGCCCGCAGAGCGCGCACGGAAGUGACUCACGGAGUGAAGAAGCUCCUCUCGCUUCUAGCUCGACUAAAAAAAUAAGUCACGAGGAAUUGACGGCAUUAUAUGAGCGUGAGAAUAAACGAGGCGAAAAAAACAUAGCAAAUAUUACUCGUUUAUUAGGCAGUG